CUCCAGCAGGAACCACAGUAUCCACUCUGAGCUCUGAGAAGAGUUACUGAGUAUCACACUCAAGAUAUAGAAUAUUUCCUCUGCAUGACAAGAGGCUAAACCAGAUGAGAACCAAAAAGGAAGAAGAGGACAUGUCAGAAGUCACAGUGAAUCGGUUUGCUGCUGAAGACGCUCCAUCCAGCGGGAGGUCUAAGAAUGGAUAUGUUUUCCAGGGCAUGGAGCUGCAGGAUGGGGGACAGGAGGACUGUGGUCAGGAGUCGCCCCUCCCUGAUAAGGACCACAUCUAUGACAACCAGAUCCAGCUCAGCAUCUCAGAUCCUGAUUAUCCCGGAUUUGGACUUUUAAAUACAACAAGAAAAUAUGUAAAGCCGAUGAACUUCCAAGAGGAAGUGCGCGCCCACAGAGACCUGGACGGCUUCCUGGCCCAGGCCAGCAUUCUUCUGGAUGAGAAAGGUGCCACACUGGAUGAGGUCCUGAGGCGGAUGCUGAGUCACGUGGAGGAGAGCUGCGACGCGGACGAGAUCAUGAACUCUCUGUUCACAGACGCAGGAGGAAAGGAGUGUAAUGUGCACCUUCUGUCAGAGACCAUCCAGGGGGUGACCUCUACAGCCACUGGGGUUCGUUAUCAGCAGUCCUGGCUCUGCAUUCUCUCAAAUGUGAGGAGUCUGCAGAGACGUCACGUCUGCAUCGCCCGCCUGGAGCGUCCACAGAACUGGGGCGUCAACUGCUGCGAGGCUCGCUACGUCGUCCUCAUCCUGGCCCCGCCCAGAACAAAAAGCACCAAGACGGCCAUUGAGCUGGGCAGAACUUUUUCUACAAUGUUCUCAGACAUUUCCUUCAGACAGAAGCUUCUGGAAGCCAAGACCCAGGAGGAAUUCAAACAGGAGCUGGUGUUUCAGCGGCAGCAGCUCUCUGCUGUCAACGAGAAGCCGGUUUCAGAGGAAGUGGAGGACUCAGAUCCACGCAGAGGGAAACCGAUUCAGUGCAUAGACUUCUUUAAAUUUGGUAAGGGUGUUUAUGACGACCUGCGCCGCAGACUGCCCCUCUACCCAUCAGACUUCACAGAUGGUAUCGUUGGGAAGGACCGGUCUCUGCUGAAGUACACCACCACUGCUAUCUUCCUCUACAUUGCCAUCCUGCUGCCCGCCAUAGCCUUCGGCUCGCUGAAUGAUGAGAGCACACGAGGAGAGAUAGAUGUUCAGAAGACGAUUGUUGGCCAGAGCAUCGGAGGAGUGAUUUAUUCUUUGUUUGCCGGCUCUCCUCUCGUCAUUCCUCUGACCACGGCACCGCUGGCCAUCUUCAUUAGUGUCAUCAGGGGCAUCUGUGACGACUAUGACCUCGACUUCGACGCCUUCUAUGCGUGCAUCGGUUUAUGGAACAGUCUGUUCCUCAUCCUCGGAGGCUUAUUCAACGUCAGCCUGCUGAUGAAACUUUUCAAGCGCUCAACAGAAGAAGUCAUUGCAUUGUUCAUCUCCGUGGCGUUUGUGGGCGACGCCGUGAAAGGCACCAUUAAAAUUUUUCAGCACUACUACUAUGGACCCGUACUGGCCACCACAAACAGCACCGUUGUUCUUCAGCAGAUCACUGAAAUCCUGGAGAAGGCAAACAACCAGACGGUGAACAAGCUGGACCACCUGAAUGAGACUGUGACUGUGACAGAACAUGCAGGGAGUCAUCCCCUCGUCUUCCUGCCUGAGUCUCUGGUCCUCUGCACCAGAGAGAGACCCGUCCUCUGUCUGCUGCUCAUGCUGGGGACUCUGUGGUUCGGUUAUGCCCUCUACCUGAUCAAGAGGAGCCCGUACCUGAACAGCAAAGUGAGAGAGGUGGUGUCUGACUGCGCCCUGCCGAUCUCUGUGGUGGUGUUUUCCUUCAUCGGCUCCUACCUUUUCCUCGACAUACAGCUCCCUGUGUUCAGUGUCCAUGAUGGCCCCAUCUUUAACUUCCCUCCGUUUGACAGACUGUCAGGCAUGAACACACUGAGCGCCGUCGGGCUGGGUUUCCUCCUUGCAUUGCUCAUCUUCAUCGAUCAGAACAUCGUCAUCUCCCUCACACAUGUACCAGAACAUAAGCUGCUUAAAGGGACGGCGUUCCACUGGGACUUAAUGCUGACUGGGUUCAUCAACAUCCUCAUGUCCUGUCUGGGGUUGCCAUGGAUGCACGCUGCCUUCCCACAUUCCUCUCUACACGCCCGUCAGCUGGCCAAAGUGGAGCAGCACGUAGAGAACGGACAUGUCUACACGACGAUCGUCAGUGUAAAGGAACAACGUCUGACCUCUCUGGCGGCGAACAUCCUGAUCGGUCUGUCUGCCUUCAUGCUGCCCAUCCCUCUGCAGUGGAUCCCGAAGCCCGUCCUCUACGGCCUCUUCCUCUACAUCGCAGCCACGUCCCUGGAUGGGAACCAGAUGGUGGACCGCAUGUGCCUGCUGCUGAAGGAGCAGACCUCAUAUCCUCCCACCCACUACAUCCGCCGUGUGCCUCAGAGGAAGGUCCACUACUUCACCGCCCUACAGAUGAUCCAGCUGAUCAUCCUGUGUGCCUUUGGGAUGUAUCCUCUGCCCUACAUGAAGAUGGUGUUCCCUCUGCUCAUGAUCCUGCUCGUACCUAUCAGGACCAGCGUGCUUCCCAGAAUAAUCGACGCCAAGUACCUGGACAUCAUGGACUCCCAGCACAUGUAGACCAACGUAAAGAAAACUGGAUUUUCUCCACCUGGAAGGGAAACAGACUAACAACCCAGCGACUGCCUUACUCUCUAAACCAAAUGCAUCUGGACUGCAGGAAUUCUUGACUGUUUGCACAGCUCAGUUGUUUUCUCAUGAUGCAGCACAGUAGGCAGUCGUUUCUUCACAUGCAGUGUUCUGGUUAGAUAUUUGUGAAGGUUUUUAUUCUGCCAGAUUCUUUUAAAGUCACACUCAGUCAUAAGCUGGUAACCAACAGACAAAUGUACUUUUUUGUAGUAUUUAAGGUCAAUAAUUUCCUGUCAUUUAGGCGUCGUGUUGAAUAGAGUGGCUUCUUUUGUGUUAAAGAGUGAAGGAUGUGAUGAUUUCUGUACAUAGCUUCAAUAAAAAUGCACAGCCAUCUGAGUAAGAGAGGAUGAAUUCACAGUCUGAAACAUGCAGCGUGAAGUGUCAUCUUCCAUUGGAUUUAAUAAGCAUGCCAAAGCCAGAUGUUCCAGAUGUUACAAUGCAAAGGAGAAGACACGUAGCAUAAUAAUACUGUAAGUAUAACGGUAAUUGGUUUUCUUGUGAUUAAAUCGAGUUGUUGUCAAACAAUAAAAGCCCUUAAAUGGA